AUGAAGACCGCCAUCUUUGCCCUUGCUGCCGCUGGCAUUGUCAGUGCUCAGGAGACUUCGCAGCCCGCUCUCGUCACCUCCCAGCCUGCCGUCGUCACCUCACAGCCUGCUGUUGUCACCUCGAUUCCUGCUCAGCCCAUCCUCAUCACUUCUUGGGACGGCAUCUCCCUGUCCUGGCCUGGCCAGAACACCCUGCAGACCAGUGUCGUCCCUCUCCCAUCCGUUUCCAACGGUGUCUCCCAGUCUGGCUCAGCCUCCGGCUCAGCCUCUGCUUCUGGAUCUGGCUCUGCCUCUGGCUCAGCUUCUGGCUCUGCCUCCGCCACUGGAACCGCCCCCAUCGGCUCCUCGACUGGCUCCGCUGCCUCCUCUGCCAGCGGCUCUGGCUCCGUCACCAGCGGCGUAACCAGCGCCAGCGCCAGCGCCACUGACUCUUCUUCCGGCUCCGAGUCUGCCUCCGCUACCCAGAGCGAAUCCUCCUCCGGUUCCGCCUCCGGCUCUGCUACUGGCUCUUCCACCGAGAGCGCCUCAGCUUCCGCCACCAGCGAUUCUGGCAGCGGUGUUGGCAAGCUCACCAUCGGCGCUGGUGCUGCCCUGCUCGCCGCUGCUCUUGCUCUGUAA